CAUCCCAGACGUACACUUUACGUGUGACGUCACGUUUAGCGGCGUCUCCAGGAGAGAAGAUAACAAGAUGGGAUUGCUGUCCAUUCUUCGUAAGCUAAAAAGCACCCCAGACCAGGAGGUCCGUAUACUGCUGCUGGGUUUAGACAACGGGGGGAAGACUACGCUUCUCAAACAGCUGGCUUCAGAGGACAUCAGCCACAUCACCCCUACGCAGGGAUUCAACAUUAAGAGCGUCCAAUCUCAGGGGUUUAAGCUGAACGUCUGGGACAUUGGAGGCCAGCGGAAGAUCAGGCCGUACUGGAGGAACUACUUUGAAAACACUGAUGUGUUGAUAUAUGUCAUUGACAGCGCUGACAGAAAGAGGUUUGAGGAAACUGGUCAGGAACUGGCUGAGCUGCUGGAUGAGGAGAAGCUGAGCGGUGUUCCCGUGUUGAUCUUCGCAAACAAGCAGGACCUGCUGACGGCAGCUCCGGCGUCAGAGAUCGCAGAAGGACUCAAUCUGCACACCAUCCGCGAUCGGAUGUGGCAGAUCCAGUCCUGCUCCGCCCUCACUGGAGAGGGGAUUCAGGAGGGCAUGAACUGGGUUUGCAAAAGCGUCAACUCCAAGAAAAAAUAGCAUCGUUUUCAGUCAUUUACGACUCAGGAGGAGCAGCAGCGUGCAGCCACACACUGACACACACUACACCUCCUGAGCCUUAGUACAGCGGGAUUUAUCUGUGAAUGUACGCACACUACUAAUCCAACAUGGACUUUUUCACCCCCCCACCCUCUCCCAUGCAUUACUGCAUCGCCGGCAAGCAAGAAUCUCAGUGCAUCGCCUUGCCUCCGUUAUGAAGGGAGGCGUUUGCCUUCAGAGGGAUCCCCCACCAGCGAAACCAGCACCACCUCCAAUGAUUCUUCAUGACAUUCUGCUACGGUGGCCUGUUUGACAGCUGCUGCCUGCUCACACCUCCUCUCAUUCCUAAUGUGUUCAUUUUAUUUUUUUUUUUUUAUCAUUCCUCUCCAGCUGUGAGCCCCUCUCCUGCUAUUGCUCUGUUUGAAGUGAGGUCUAUUUUUGCAACUGUUUUAUUUAUGGUGAAGUAGAGCGCUUUCAGUCAUCCAACGUGGCGUAGGAGAGAAUAUACCAGACUUUUCCCUUUUCAAAUGGUACCUUGUUAAUAUGUAUAAAGCAAAAGGGAAAGGAACACUACAUUUUGGAUCAGUUGUUUAUAGCACAGCCCUUUUGUUCAUGUUAAAGGGUCCUCUGCGUCUGACUGUAAUCUAUAAUAUUUGCAUACCUAACAUGCGCUGGCAGAUUUGUAACAGAUAAAUGUACUGUGCGGUCCAAUGCAUUUCUAAGUGCUCCUUGGGGAAAUUCACUGUUUUAGCCAUUUCCUUUUGAUAUUCUUGAUUGUAAUCUGUCCAGUUUGAAAGAAAAAUACAUGUGAAUAAAGAAAGUUUUGAAAAGUUUAUGAACAAA